AUGAAAAAGUGGCUGGCGGGUGACGUCACGAAGACCCACCACUGCCGCCCGUCUCCCGGCAGGCAGAGAUCCAACCCCCUCUCCAGUCCUGUCUGAAUUGUGGAUUUUCCCCCGUAGACUCUUUAAUAAAACGUGUUUGUGGAGAAAAUCAGCUGGUGGAGGAUCUCCUCGUAGUGGUAGUGUGUUCUGGUGGGUUCUAUUAGAGGAGAUCGGCCCGUCGCUCUGAGUGAAGCGUGUUGGACAAUAUCCGCCUCCGCCUCGCCCGAAGGAAACGCAGCAAGAGCAGCAGCAGGGUGAACAUGGUGAACAUGGUGAAUACAGACCCGCGGAUCCUCCGCCUGAUCCUCUUUAUCCUCUGCAGCGCAGGUCAUGUACUUUGUGUUGAAGAAUUUGGGAAAGUUGGAGGAAAUGUCACUCUCAAGCCCUUAGUAACUGGAAAACCUGAGAGCAUUCUGUGGAAAUUUAAUAAUGAUAAAGUGGUAGAGUUUGAAGAUGAGCGUGAGAGAUGGUUUCAGUUCAAAGGAGUUCUUGAUAACAACACUGGUGUUCUCACACUUAAGGAGCUAAAGAAAGGUAACAGUGGGCCGUAUGAGGCUGAAAUCUUGAUAAAGGGGAACCUUGUGAAUACCAAAUUUACACUUCAAGUGAUGGAUGCAGUAGGUGUACCAACCAUUUCCUGUAAGGUUGCUGAUGAUGAAAAAAUAACACUAACAUGUUCAGUGGAUAGUUCAGUAGGGCCAGUAAAGACUACUUGGUCUGGGCCAGACGGUCCACACGAAGGAAAAACAGUUAUUGUCUCCAAAGAUACAAAAAAUGAAUCAGUUUAUUUUUGCACCGCAAGUAAUAAAGUGAGCAAAGAAAGUGCUCCUGAGUUCACUCUUAAGGACUGUUACAGCCCAGGUCCUGAUUCUGUCGUCCCCAUAGUUAUAGGUGUUCUCGUCGCCGUCGCCGUCGUCCUCAUUCUGGGGAUUUUAGCCGUGGUCUACAGGGAGAAGAUCAAAACGUACCUUCCCGUUUCCUCCAGAUAGAGCUUGCAAAUUGAAGCAAACUUUGAAAAUACCCUAUAUGCCCAAAUGUUUGUGGAAACCCUUCUAAUGUUUGCAUUCAGCUUCAUUAAUUUGUACCCACUGUUUGCGCAGUUGUGCAGAUGUACAAACACAGCUUAUCAGUAGUCCAUUUACAGAAGUAUUUCCAAGAGAUUAGUACUCUAGAUCAGAUGAACAUGAACCCAUAGGGAUAUAAAACGCCUCAGUAUUGAGCUGUGGAGCAGUUAAACUGUGUCCUCUGUAAUGAUGUUGCUCCAUUCAGUACUUUUAUGGGAUGAACUGUGGAGUUGGGGUAUGAUUAGGUGGGAUUAGUGAUCAACCCUUGCCCUAAAGCUUUUGUCGCUGAAUGCAAUCAUAUCCUUGCAGUGAUGCUUGCAGGAUAAAUCUUUUAGAACAUACCUUUUGAUUUUGGAAGACACAAUGACUGUGUGUGUCCCAGUACAUUUUUCCAUAUUGUGUAUAAUCUUACAAAUACACCAGAAACCACUUCUGAGUAUGCAUAACUAAAUAUUUUUAAGCGUUUUACAGAUUUCACUGCUGUUACUUUUUUAUAAGGACUCUUUUAGAAGGAGUGCUUGCUAAGGAUUAAUAAGUCAUCAAAUAUUGUAUGAAUGGGCUGGGCAGGAGAAUCUAGAUUUAAACAACGAAAUCCGCUAGGUAUUAACUAUAUGAAGCCAGAAUUACUAACAAUAGACUGACCAAAAUAGGAACACAUGUAGUGUCACAGCUUUAGCUCAUAGAUUUACAGCAAGUGAUAUUGAUAUAGUUGCACUUGAUCCGAUAUGGCCGUGCCUUUAACAUGUCAUAGCAGAUGUUAUACGGUAUUGAUGCGUUGUCCUGAUCUGUUCUGCCUAGUAAUGUAAGUUUGGUAUUGUUUUUCCAUUAUCAAUAACUGUCAUGACAUGUCUUACACUAUUUGCUGCCAUAAUAGUUUGACAUGCAGUUUUACACUAGUGACUUUCUGCUCUGGAAUGUGGGUCAGUUUUAUCCAGCAACAUUAAUAUAGAAUGUCUUCACCCUCUGUCUUUGCUCAGAAAAUUGUUUCGCUUAAACAAAAAGAACUUCUGAAUGAAAUGAUUGUUGUUAUCUUGUCCUGUGUUCUCUGAUUGUGCUCAUGUUGAGGAUAUUUUGAAUUUGGAGACUCAUCUAGAGUGUAAAGGAUUUAAGUAUAACAAUCUAUCAUAUGUAAGCUAUGCUUGUUUGGGUUUAAAUUAUUUAAGUUCUAAAUUUCUAUCAGUUAAAAUGUACCGGCACUGUACAUUUUAUGUUAAAUUUGGUAAAUGGAUGGAAAGUGUGUACUGUACCUGCAGUGAAGUAUUGCAUACAACCUUCCAGCAGUAGCAUACAUGAUGUUCUUGAUAUUUUUUUAUUAAAUUUCAACAUGAACAUUACCUGAAUUGUGCUUUUGUGCAGGCUGUUUGUGUCAGGCUUUGGCUUGAAUUGCAUUUUAAAUGCAUUUUUGUAAAUGCUAGGAAUAUGUUCUAGUAUGAAUAGAUAUGAUCAGCACUAUUGUUUUUUGUACUUAAAACAUGCUUUCAGAAAUGAAUGUUUCUGGCAAGAUAUUGAGCUAUUUUAACAAAAAUGCAUUGAUAUGGCUUCACAUUUUUGUGUCACAAAUGCCAUGCAAAAAAAUUGUGAUUGUGAUGUUUGUUGCAAUAAGUAUUUAUUAAUUGGUUAAAAAAAAAGUAUUUUUUUCUUUUGUGUACAGAUAGAGUGAAUAAAAAUACAUUUUGUUGA